AUGCCAAAGAUUUCCUGCACGCAGCAGCAGCAGCAGCAGCAGCAGCAGCAACAGCAGCAGCAGCAGCAGCAACAGCAACAGCAGCAGCAACAGGGAGAAAAGUAUGAGGAAAAGUGCAGCGGAUGCAGCAGCUCCUGGGACCGCUACCGACCUGCUGUUGCUGCUAAGGCGCAUGCGCAGCAGCAGCACAGCAGCAGCAGCAGCAACAGCAGCAGCAGCAGCAGCAGCAGCAGCAGCAGCAGCAGCAGCAGCAUACUUGGACUUCAAAGGAACGCCAGCAACAGCAGCAGCAGCAGCAGCAACAGCAACAGCAGCAGCAACAGGGAGAAAAGUAUGAGGAAAAAGUGCAGCGGAUGCAGCAGCUCCUGGGACCGCUACCAACCUGCUGUUGCUGUUGUGAAGGCGCUUGCACAGCAGCAGCAGCAGCAACAGCAGCAGCAGCAGCAGCAGCAACAGCAGCAGCAGCAGCAGCAGCAGCAGCAGCAGCAGCUGUGUCUGCUGUAUCAUCAUUUGCUGCUGCUGCUGCUGCUGCUGCUGCUGCUUCUGCUGCUGCAGUCUCUUGCAGCACGAAAGCCGCGUCCUGCACCUGCUUGCCCUGGUGCUGCUGCUCCUGCUGCUGCUGGUGCUGCUGCUCCUGCUGCUGCUUUUGCUGCUGUUGCUGCUGCUGCUGCUGCUGGAGCCUCAGCAGUCCCCUCGGGCGAGACAACUCGCUGCACAGCCGCAUGCACGCCAGCAGCACCAAACUCAACAGCAGCAGCAGCAGCAGCAGCAGCAGCAGCAGCAAAAGUAACGGCAGCAAAAGCAGAAGCAGCAGCAAAAGAAAAAGCAGCAGCAAAAACAAAAGCAGCAACAGCAGCAACAGCAGCAACAGCAGCAACAGCAGCAGAAGCAGUAAUAGCAGAAAGGCAACACCAGGUGCAACACCGACUACAACUGCAGCAGCAGCAGCAGCAGCAGCAGCAGCAGCAGCAGCAGCAGCAGCUAACCAGCUGUAUAAGCAAGUCGCAGUCAUCUGUCUGCUGCUGGUUUUCUCCGUCCUUAGCACUGAGCGCUUCAAUACAGGCUGAAGCCAAAGGGGAAUCUGCAGCAGCAAGCAGCAGCAGCAGCAGCAGCAGCAGCAGCAGCAGUAACAGCAGCAGCAGCAGUAGCAGCAGCUGCAGCAGCAGUGACAGCAGCAGUAACAAUAGCAGCAACAAGAGCAGCAGCAGCAGCAAGCAGCAAAGCAAAAAGAUAAGAAGAAGGUUCGCUCCUGUAUACACAGCAGCAGCAGCAGCAGCAGCAGCAGCAGCAGCAGCAGCACAUGCAGCAGCAGUAGAGACACGCGUACCAACAGCAGCAGCAGCAACAGCCAGGUACAGCAGCGGCGAAUGCUGCAGCAGCAGAAGCUGCUGCAGCAGCAGGUGCAGCAACAACAAUGGUAGCAGCAGCAGCAGCAACAAGAACCACACAGCAACAACGCAGCACCAACAGCAGCAGCACCAACAGCAGCAGCAACUGCAGGAACAGCAACUGCAGCAGCAGCAGCAACUGCAGCAGCAGCAGCAACUGCAGCAACAGCAGCAGCAGCAUCAGCAGCAGGAGUGUGUACUACGUGUGUGUCGUCUACAACUGCAGCAGCAGCAACAGCAGCAGCAGCAGCAGGAGCAGCAGCAGCAGCAGCAGCAGCAGCAGCAGGAGUGUGUGUUACGUGUGUGUGGUGGUUUGCACGAAUUUAGGAAAAAAGAAAAGCCGAACGUCUGCUGCUGUGAGCGUGUCCACGCGAAAAGAUAUCAACACACGGCCACACUCCUGCAGCAGCAGCAGCAGCAGCAGCAGCAGCAGCAGCAGCAGCAGCAGCAGCAGCAGCAGCAGGAGCAGGAGUAA